AUGUAUCUCCCGCGGAAUAUCAUUUCCCACCUCUACCUCCAUCUUCUUGAGACGCAUCAUCCGCUAUCUCCGCCUGUUCUGCUCCUUGUAGCCCUCGAACCAGAUGCACUCUGCGCGUGCCGAAUACUGACGGCACUUUUAAAACGCGAUUACAUACCACACAAGAUUCAGCCUGUUUCCGGAUAUGGCGACUUGGAACGAGUUGGGGCGGAAUUGGUUAAGCCGAUGCGGACAACGGAAGGUGGUAGCGGUGGGGUGGUAGUGUGCCUAGGUGCCGGGGGUCUCGUCGAUCUUGCCGCGACACUAGGUCUAGACGUCUACGAAGAGGGUCAAGAUGCCAUGGGCGGGAUAGAAGUCUGGGUCAUAGACGCAAAACGACCGUGGAAUCUGGGGAAUGUGUUCGGCGGUCAUUCAUCACUACCUCCGGUGGAUGAUGGCGAGGGAGGAGAUACGUGGGUUGGAGAAGAUGGUGUUAUUCGCGGUGAAAUACAGAAGACAUAUAGACCGGGGAAAGGCGGAAUCAUUGUCUUUGAUGAUGGCGACAUUGCCGAAGAUUUAUCGGCAGAAAGGGAAGCGUACUGUGCACUUGAACGAAUGCCUGAUUUAGGAGAGGAUCUCGACGAUGACAUUGACGGGUCGGGAUCGGAGUCCGGAAAUGAAGAGGACGAGCCUUCUGUCAAGCAACCACAAACAAAGAAACGCAAGUCAUGGUCAGAUAGAGAAGAGGACUCAGAGAGUGAGGACGAGGAAGGAAGGCCAAGGCAAAGACGAAGAAGCAAUUCGUCAUCAUCCAUACCUUCUCCUAGCCGUCCCGCUCGCCGAGGCCUUCUUGUGACGACGGACGAUCACGAUACGGAAAAUGACAUAAGGGUCAGCCGCACACCAUCGCCAGUAGCAGAGGUGAAGCAACCGUCCGCGCGAACAUUGCGUCGGCGUUUGCUCCGUCUUCGACGAAAACACGAAUCCACGCUGCAGUCAUACUACUCGAUUGGCUCAUCGUACUCGGAGCCUAUAUCGUCCCUCGUGUACUCACUUGCUUCCGAGCUUGGCCGGGAGGACAAUGAUCUUCUAUGGCUUGCAAUCGUUGGUGUGGGCAGUAUGGAAUUGUACGGGCGCGGCAUGACCGGUGUUGCUAUUACGCAUCGGGACGACGUGGGAGGUUCGGCUGGUUGGGGUGGCGAGCGCGGAGAGCGAAUACGACAGGUAUUGCGGGACGAAGUGCGGCGUCUUAAUCCGCCAGAUUUGUCGGAUAGUAGGGACUUUACAAGGGGUGAGGGCAAUGGGGUAAUACCAACCACGGCACGGUCACCAACAGAUACAUCCAUUCGACUAUCUCCGGAACCCCGGUUUCUGUUAAUCAGACAUUGGAGCCUAUACGAGAGCAUGUUACAUUCUCCAUACUUGUCGGCCAAACUUCACAUAUGGAGCGAUGCAGGACGAAAGCGGUUGCAUAAGCUGCUGGCAAAAAUGGGCGUGAGCUUGAGUCAAUGCAAACAAAGCUACACACAUAUGGACAUGGAGCUCAAACGCGACCUACGCCAGAGUCUGUUGAAAUAUGCUCCUGUUUAUGGGCUCGACGGACUCGUUCCUCCAUCUGCAAGCGUGCAUAGAGGGAAAGAAGGCUGGGGAUUUGUGCGAAGUUGGGGCUGGAAGGCUUGCUUGAGCUCCACCGACGUGGGAGUCGUCGUCGGAGCGAUUCUCGAAGUUGGAAAAGCUGGUGUCAGUAACUUUGAAAGAUCCAAUCCUGAACGAGAUAGAGCCGAUCCUGUAGAUGAGGACGGCAGCCUGGAGAGCGAAGAAUGGGUCGGAAGGUUUUGGGAGGCUUAUGAUGCCUUGGAAAACAUCGACGCGCUCAAGACGGCUCUACCAAUAGCCAUGCAUCUGCACCGCGCUAUCCUUCGUACCGGUACCGCACUCAUUGAAAAGCGUCAAAUCCGUCAUCUACGAGCUUUCCGAAUGGCUGUCGUCAAAGAAGGUCCAGACGUUCAGCUGUUCACCCACCCUGCCGCACUUACAAAACUGGCGCUAUGGAUUGGAGAGGCUAUUGCCGAGCAGGAGAAAGAGCAAAAAGGCAAGUUGGGCCGCGGUGGCAAAGGCACUCCUCUCGUCGUUGCAGGUCUGAACGAACACAGAGGGAUCUAUGUCGUGGUAGGCACCGGCGGCGGUGGCGGAGUCGUUGACAUUCUCGCGCGACGAGAGCGAAAAGAAAAAAAGGAAGCAAAAUCGAAAGCAAAGGAAGCAAAAAAGGCCGAAAAAGAACGAAAAAAGCAGGAAAAGAAGGAAUCCGGACAGACAAAUGAUGAUAACGACGAUGAAGAGGAAGAGGAAGAUACCGAAGAGGAAGACAGCGACGAUGAUUCGGAUGACUCGGACGACGACGAGGACGUUGAGAAGAAGGGCUAUGGCAGGAACCGCUUCGGAAAUGCGUUCCAAGAAGUUGUCGAAGAAACCAAUGCCCGAGUCCGCAUUGAUAGCUUCGAGCACUGCGUCGUCGAGGUCAAAAAGGAAGAUCUCUCCGCUUUUCUGGAAUCUCUAAGCAUGAAAGCUGUCGUUGGGUGA